AUGACUUCAAAAUCUAAUGGAUCACACAAAAAGCCCAGAGUCAUUUUGGGCACCAUGAUACUCGGCCCCUACCCGUCAACAGGCGCACGGAUUACAUCUCUUGAGACUUACAAUUCUAUCCUAGACUAUUUUCAAUCCCAAGGCUACAACAAGAUCGAUACAGCAAGAGUCUACGUAGGUAGACAGCAGGAAACCUUCACCCGAGCUUGGUACCCGUACGAUGCCAGUGCAGACCGAACAAACAGUGCCGGAGCUCACAAGGCCGAAGUUCUCGAGGACAUGCUCAACAAGUCUCUGUCAGAGCUGGGCGCAGACUGUGUUGAUAUCUUCUAUCUGCACCGGGCGGACCGUAGCAUACCCUUCCAAGAGCCGUUGAGAAAGCUUGAUGGGUUGCACAAGCAGGGAAAAUUCAUUCAGCUUGGACUGUCAAACUACAGUGCAUUUGAGCUUGCAGAGAUCGUGAUGCUUUGCAAAGCUAAUGGCUGGAUACAACCGACGAUAUUCCAAUGCAUGUACAACGCUAUCACCCGCUCGAUCGAACCUGAGCUAGUUGCAGCUUGUCGACGGUACGGUCUGGAUAUUGUAGUAUAUAACCCAAUAGCAGGUGGGCUGUUUUCCGGCAAAUACAAGCUCGACGCAAUCCCAAGCGAAGGCCGUUACUCCGAUGUCGACAAGGAAGUCGGAGGCAUGUACAGGGACCGAUACUUCAAAGACUCCACAUUUGAUGCAUUGCGAGUCGUGCAAGACGCGGCAACGAAGCAUGAUCUGACGUUGUUGGAGAUCGCAUUUCGAUGGUUGACGAACCAUUCUGCACUGAAUAUCAAGGAUGGCGGCAACGAUGGCGUUGUUAUCGGGGUUUCGAGCCAGGCCCAACUCGAACAAAAUCUUCGGAAUCUUGAGAAGGGGCCCUUGCCGCAAGAUUUGGUGGAUGCUUUGAACCGGGCUUGGAUGAUAUGCAAGGCGACUGCCGCGAGCUACGUGCACGGUGAGCUGAAGUAUGAGUAUGAUACGGAGGAGGCUUUGGCACAGUUGAAGUGA